GCGGUAGCGGCGCGGAUGUGCGCUCGCUCCGAGGCCGUCGAGCUCGAGGUGCUGGGCGCCGAGGGCGGCGAGGCUCGGGUGCCGCCGCGCCCCCUGCGCCUCUCGCUCCUCGAGCUGCUCGGCAAGCUGGUGCGACGCGACCAGCCCGCACAGCCGAACCGCCGCGCCAGGCACAACCAUCGCUUCCGCACCUUCGUCUCGUGCGAGAAUGAACGGAGAAUCAAAGCCAAUAACAGAGAGUACAACGCCCAGUUUCGCUAUGCCAACAACUACAUCAAGACAUCGAAGUACUCGAUCGUAACAUUCCUGCCGCUGAAUCUGCUCGAGCAGUUCCAGCGGCUGGCCAACUUCUAUUUCUUGUGCCUGUUGGUGCUCCAGCUCAUCCCGGCCAUCUCCUCGCUGACGCCGAUCACCACCGCCAUACCACUCAUCGGGGUACUCGCGUUGACUGCAGUCAAAGACGCCUACGACGAUUUCCAACGUCACCAAAACGACUCGCAAGUGAACCACCGGCGGGCGAAGACGCUCCGCAAUGGCAAGCUUGUGGAGGAGAAGUGGGCGUCUGUUCAGGUGGGAGACGUCAUCAGGCUGGAGAACGACCAGUUCGUCGCCGCAGACAUCCUUCUGCUCAGCACGUCGGAGCCUAACGGGCUCUGCUACAUUGAGACCGCUGAGCUUGAUGGGGAGACAAACUUGAAAUGUCGCCAGUGCCUUUUGGAGACAGCCGCGAUGGGCCAGGACGACGGCAAACUGGGCGCGUUCGACGGCGAGAUCGUAUGCGAAACACCAAACAACCUGCUAAAUAAGUUCGAAGGCACGUUGAGCUGGCGCGACCAGCACUUCUCGCUGGACAACGACAAGAUCCUGCUGCGUGGCUGCGUUCUCCGCAACACGUCGUGGUGCUACGGCGUCGUCGUGUUCGCCGGGAAGGACACCAAGCUGAUGCAGAACUCCGGGAAGACCAAGUUCAAGCGCACGAGCAUAGAUAGGCUACUUAAUUUUCUUAUUAUAGGGAUAGUAUUCUUCCUGCUGUCGAUGUGCGUAUUCUGCACGGUGGCGUGCGGCGUGUGGGAGUGGCUGGUGGGCCGCUACUUCCAGGUGUACCUGCCGUGGGACACACUCGUCCCAGCCGAGACGGCGCCGGGCGCGGUGGUCAUAGCAUUUCUAGUGUUCUUCUCGUACGCCAUCGUCAUGAACACAGUCGUGCCUAUAUCGCUGUACGUCUCCGUGGAGGUAAUAAGAUUUGCACAGAGUUUUCUCAUUAAUUGGGAUGAGAAAAUGUAUUAUGAUAAGACUGGAACAGCGGCGAAAGCGAGGACAACUACGCUGAACGAAGAGCUCGGUCAAAUCCAGUAUAUAUUUUCUGAUAAAACGGGCACGCUAACACAAAACAUAAUGACGUUUAAUAAGUGCUCUAUAGCUGGAGUCUGUUACGGUGACGUCGUAGACGAAGCCACGGGCGAAACGAUCGAGCUCACAGAGAGCACAGAACCGUUGGACUUCUCGUUCAACCCGGAGUACGAGCCGGAGUUCAAGUUCUUCGACUCGACGCUCCUGGAGGCAGUGAAGCGCGGCGACCGGGAAGUGCACGAUUUUUUUCGGCUGCUCGCUCUGUGUCACACCGUCAUGCCCGAGCAAAAAAAUGGACGGCUGGAAUACCAGGCGCAGUCACCUGAUGAGUCUGCCCUGGUAUCAGCAGCUAGAAAUUUCGGUUUUGUGUUCAGAGAACGCUCGCCUAAUAGUAUUACAAUAGAAGUUAUGGGUAACAAAGAAGAAUAUGAUUUAUUGUGUAUUUUAGAUUUUAAUAAUGUUAGGAAAAGAAUGUCCGUGAUAUUGAGGAAGGAUGGUGAAAUUAGGUUAUAUACAAAAGGUGCUGAUAAUGUAAUAUAUGACAGAUUAAAAUCAAAUCAAGCAGAAGUUAAAUCAAGAACACAAGAACAUUUAAAUAAAUUCGCGGGCGAAGGCCUACGGACGCUAGCACUCGCGUGGCGGCCGCUCGAGGAGCGCGGCUUCGCGGAGUGGAAGCGACGACACCAGGCCGCCGCGCUCGCGCUCCACGACCGCGACGAGCAGCUCGACGCCAUCUACGAGGAGAUCGAGACCGACCUGCUGCUCCUGGGUGUCACUGCCAUUGAAGACAAAUUACAGGAUGGAGUGCCUGAAACCAUAGCGAAUCUCAGUAUGGCUGGUAUUAAAAUAUGGGUAUUAACGGGUGAUAAACAAGAAACGGCAAUAAAUAUUGGAUAUUCGUGUCAGCUGCUGACGGAUGACAUGGCGGAGGUGUUCGUGAUCGACGGCGUCUCGCACGAUGAUGUGGACCGGCAGCUGGCCAAGUGUCGGGACUCUAUAAGGGUCGUCAACACUUUUUUACCACACGGUAUAGAACCAAAAAACGAGCCUGAGACGGCGAACGGCGGCGCGGCGGUGUCGCGGCCGUCGCCCGGCCGCGCCGCCAACGUCAAGCUUAACGCGCCCGCCGUGUCCGUCGUCACAUUUAGGUGGGAACAUAACACAAUACCACACCGCAGCAACGAAUACAUGUCGGGCGGCCCGUACUCGGCGGAGUCGCACGAGCACGCCAACGAUGAUUCUAACGGGUUCGCCAUCGUCGUCAACGGACACUCGCUCGUGCACUGCCUGCAUCCUAAGCUGGAGGAGAAGUUUUUAGAUGUAGUUCUUCAGUGCCGAUCGGUAAUAUGCUGUCGAGUAACACCAUUACAGAAGGCAAUGGUGGUAGAACUAAUAAAGAAGAGCAGAAAAGCUGUCACUCUGGCCAUAGGAGACGGAGCCAAUGACGUAUCAAUGAUCAAAGCGGCUCACAUCGGCGUAGGCAUCUCCGGCCAGGAGGGCAUGCAAGCAGUCCUAGCUUCGGAUUACUCCAUCGCGCAGUUCCGGUUCUUACAACGCCUGCUGCUGGUCCACGGCCGCUGGUCCUACUACCGCAUGUGCAAGUUCCUGAGAUACUUCUUCUAUAAGAACUUCGCGUUUACGGUCUGUCACUUCUGGUUCGCAUUCUUUUGCGGAUUCAGUGCGCAGACGGUAUUCGACGAGAUGUUUAUCUCAGUAUACAACUUAUUCUACACGUCACUGCCUGUCUUGGCGCUAGGCGUGUUCGAACAAGACGUGUCGGACGCGACCUCCCUACAAUUCCCGAAGCUCUAUGCUCCUGGACACACGAGCCAGCUGUUCAACAAGACGGAGUUUAUCAAGUCGACGUUGCAUGGUUGCUUCACGUCGCUCGUACUGUUCUUGAUUCCUUAUGGAACGUACAAAGAUGGCUUGGCGCCAGACGGAAAGAUAUUAUCUGACCACAUGCUACUAGGGAGCGUGGUAGCAACUAUUCUAAUUAUUGACAAUACAACACAAAUCGCCUUAGACACGACGUACUGGACGGUGUUCAACCACAUCACGAUCUGGGGCUCGCUGGUGUCGUACUUAGUGCUGGAUUACUUCUACAACUACGUCAUCGGCGGCACAUACGUCGGCUCGCUCACCGUCGCUCUCACGCAAGCCACAUUCUGGUUCACGGCUGUGCUUACGAUGACGAUCCUUAUGGUGCCGGUGGUGUCGUGGCGGCUGGCGUGCUCGUGGACGCGGCCCACGCUGGGCGAGCGUUUGCGCGCGCGGCAACGCUGGCGGGGACCCGCGUCCGCUCCAAGAACGCCCUCCGCGCGCCGGGCGAGGCGCUCCGUGCGCUCUGGUUACGCGUUCGCGCACCAAGAGGGCUUCGGUCGCCUCAUCACGUCGGGCAAGAUCAUGCGGCGCAUCCCGCACGCCGACGCCGCGCUGUCGGCGCUCGCGUCGCUGCCCGGCAAGUUCCACGCGCGACCCGCCACGCCGCCGCCCGAGCCAAGAGCGCCUACGCAGAACCUCGAUACCGUCGACCUAUGAGCGCCCUGACUACACCACAGCGCGCUUAGACCGCUGCGGGACGUGGCGAAUGACGCGUGCGUCUACACAGAAACUCGACACUGUGAGCGCAAGCGCAACGGACAAUAUCACGGUGCGCUCGGAAUCCCAGACCGCUGUGACGUGGGUGCCGCGCACACCCGGGAUUAAUUAAACGCCCACUGGACACGAUUCGGGGCACUCGGACUGUCGCGACUCGUGCGCGGAGCGUGAUACGUCGAAUGAUGCACGAGUCUCGCACGCUUGGAAUCCACUGAGCGCCCAUUUGACACGACGCGGUGCACUCCUACUGUUGUGGCGCGUGACGCGUCGAAUGACGUAUGCGCCGCGCUCGCAACGUAGUGGAGUACACCUGGGAUCUACUACAUUCGCGCUUCUACUGUGAUUCACAAUAAAAAAUAUUACAAGAAACGCGUAUGCGCCGCUUUGCGUUCUCGCAGACCGAGCGCUUGCCAGAAGCGAUAACUGUACUGGUUGCCGAAGUAAGGCGCGACCAUAGUGGAUACCUAACUUUAGUGCUCUGCCGGCCUCGCUCGGCAGCUUGUGAACGUGUUAAAGCAUUCCCAUGCAAUGGGAAUAUGCGCUGAUUCGCGUUUUCAUGAUCAGCUGUUGAGGGAACCUUUGCGGUAUGCGCACUGCUGUACUUGCGUUUCUAAUUCGAGUCUGUGAACUACGUUGCGAUGAAAUACGCAAGAUUUUUCUAUAAUCCUUUUUUCCUCCUAUCAUAUUUUCUUAGACUUCAAAAUGUAUCUAAUGUGCAUUCAGACGUAAUUUUGAUAAACUUUUCAGAAUUUACUGUUGACGAUUGUGAUGAGAAAAACGUAACUAAAAAACCUGAAAAUUUUUUCGUUAAUGUGAGUUUGUUUCUUACCCGAAAUAUUUAUAAAUUCUCAUCUCGAAUAAUAUUAGGUUACAUUACUCUGCUAAUGUAGAUCACGGACUCGGAUUAUGACUAGAAGAUAUGUGCAUUUAAAACUUAAACUGUCGACUUCGCGAGCAGUGAAAACGCCACAUCGCGCGGGCGCGGCCUGCCGGCAGCUGGCUCGCCGGAGCCGGCGCGGGCGCGGCGCUCGACGCUCACUACUUUUCACCCGGGAAUGUUAUUUUGACGACAUAUCGGAGUCCCCUCCGGACCGAGGGAGACGUGCAUAUCCUAGUUUCGAGAUUUUUGGCCGAUUUUAGUCGCGACGUUCUUUCGUUUCCCGGUCGAUGAAAAAGUUAGUGGAGUAGCGACUCGUCCAUAUUGAAGUAGAUUUAUUAUUAUUAUUAGUGCCAAAGAUGAUCUCUUUGAAACUUCUUGUUAUGUAUUCAACUUUAGCACGACUUAUUUAUUUAUUCGUCAAAAUUAUCGUUUCACCGAUUCGAAAAUCAAAGUUGUUAU